ACAGUACACAAAAACUUAGAUAAGAUGAUUCUGAUACUGUUUGUGUUUUCCGUGAUACUAUUUAACGACGCCAAUUCCCUAUGUCUUAAAAAUUCGAUAACAACCGCAAGUGGUCUACAUGCACCCAAAAACGGUACUUUAUGUUCUGGUCAACUGAUCUUUGAGGACAACUUUGACUGGUUGGACGCAUCGAAAUGGGACCAUGAACAAACCUUAACUGGUGGUGGAAAUAAUGAAUUUGAAUGUAUACAGAUGACAGACGUAACAGCUUUACGCAAAACGGCCAGUUACAUAUCAAGCCUACUUUUGUUGCAGAUGAAUAUGGAGAAGAUUUCUUAUAUUCUGGUACCAUCGACAUUGGAGCUAGCUGCACAGGUAGCGACAACGAAGGAUGUAGAAGAACAGGUUCACAAAAUGCCAUCGUAAAUCCCGUAAAAAGUGCUCGUAUGAGGACCUUAAACUCAUUUUCAUUUAAAUAUGGUAGAGUUGAAGUUAACGCUAAAGUUCCUGCUGGAGACUGGUUAUGGCCAGCAAUCUGGAUGUUACCAAGUAAAUGGGUUUAUGGAAGUUGGCCAACAUCUGGAGAAAUCGACAUAAUGGAAAGCAGAGGAAAUCGUCAGUAUUACUCAACCAGUGGACAAAACGUUGGAACUCCAUUAGAAGCUAGUACUUUACAUUGGGGACCCAAUCCACAAAACAACAAAUUCAUGAAAACUCACUGGGAAAAGACCUCAUGGAACGGCGGAUGGGAUAAUGCUUACCAUAGAUAUCAAGUAGAAUGGACUCCUGAACAUAUCAAAUUCUCUGUCGAUGAUCAAGAGGUUGGAACAGUAACACCCCCAGCUGGAGGCUUCUGGCAAUACGGUGAUCUUCAACCAUCUGGAUUGCCAAACCCAUGGGCAGGUGGAAGUAAGAUGGCUCCAUUUGACGCCGAGUUUCAUAUUUUGAUUAAUUUGGCUAUUGGAGGAGCCUAUUUCCCUGAUGAUGUAGAUAAUAAGUCCGGUAGAAAACCAUGGUCCAGUUCUCAGCCCUACCGUGAGGGUAUGACAACCUUCUGGCAAGCUAAUCAACAAUGGAAACCUACUUGGAAUUUGAACUCAGACGACUCUCAUCUUAAGGUUGACUACGUUAGAGUUUGGGCAUUGUAAUUAUUUAAAAAUAAAAUAGGUUAUAU